AGAAUUUUAAACCUACCGCCAUAUUGCGCAUAGAACGCAAAAAGCAAGGCACACGAAAAAGAGACGCUACUGAAAUUUUUAUUACUAUAAUAUAAAAAAAAAAAUGGGAAAAAGUUAGAAAAAGAUGGAUCUGAACGAGUUUGAAGAAAUUGGGCAAUAUAUCUUGGACGCUGUCUGUAUCCGCAACAUCGGCCCAGUUUUCAAUAACAAUUUGGCGCACAGAAUUGGCCGAACAUGUAUCGACUGUGCAUUUAAAAUGGUCCCGGAAGCGAAGGAGAUGUGGUUCUUUAUGGGAUGGCACAACCAUGUAUCCAAAAAUACAGAUAUCAACUAUAUCCACUGCAUAAUAUGCAGAAAAGUGCUAUGCAGGAUGAGACCAGCAGCCUCCUGCACUAGCUGCAGAAGUAGACUAUUCGCAGCCGACAAUGAACAUAAGGAAACCUUUCGUGAAGGAUUUAUUUUGCCGACUCUAGACCCUAACAUUUUUCCAUUAAAGGAUGUUGUUGUGCAAAAUGAAGAGUACAGAGUCAUUACUCAUAAUUAAUAUUAAUCCAUGUUUUCUUUCUUUUAUAAAAUAC